GGGACCCCAGUCCCCGGCGGGCGGGCGGAGGAGGCGGCCGCCGCGCGCCGCUGCCCUCUCCCCGCCGCCCGGGGUGGCGCGAUGCUCAGAGGGGCCCGGUCGCCCGGGGGCCGCCGCCGCCGCGCCGCACCAUGAAGCUCCGCAACAAGGCGGCGGCGCUGCUCCUGCUCGCGCUGGCCGCGCUCCUGCUGGCGCUUCUGUCCCUGCGCGCCGGCCGCGCCGCACCCCCAGCGCCCCUCGCGCGCCCCGCAUCCACCCCGCCGCGCCGCGCCGCGCCGGCCCCCGCGCGCCUCCCGGGCUGGAGCGCCUUCCCGGGGGCCGGCCUGAGCGCUCGUCGGCGCCGGCCUCCGCGUCUGCGCCCCCGAGCCGGCCGUCGGGGCGCCGUGAGCCUGAAGAAGUCGGCGAGGAGGCCUGGAGAACUCAGGAGUUUCCAAGCUGUGCUGCCGCCUGAGCUCUGGAUCCACUUGGCGGUGGUGGCCUGUGGCAAUCGGCUGGAGGAGACGCUUGUCAUGCUCAAAUCUGCCGUGCUGUUUAGCCACAGGAAGAUGCAAUUUCACAUCUUCACUGAGGAAUCUCUGAAGCCUGAGUUUGAUAAGCAGCUUCGACAGUGGCCUGACUCAUAUACAAAGAAGUUUGAGCACAGAAUCUACCCCAUCACAUUUUCGGCUGGAAACCCUCAGGAAUGGAAGAAAUUAUUCAAACCCUGUGCUGCCCAGAGACUCUUUCUUCCGGUAAUUUUAAAGGAUGUGGACUCCCUUCUCUACGUGGACACCGAUGUUCUCUUUCUGAGACCUGUUGAUGACAUCUGGAAGCUUCUGAGGCAGUUUAAUUCCACGCAGCUUGCAGCCAUGGCCCCCGAGCAUGAAAUCCCCAAGAUUGGCUGGUACAGCCGCUUUGCCCGGCACCCUUUCUAUGGCUCCGCGGGGGUUAACUCAGGAGUCAUGCUAAUGAAUUUAACUCGGAUAAGAAGUGCCCAGUUCAAGAACAGCAUGAUUUCAACAGGGUUGGCUUGGAAGGACAUGCUGUACCCUCUCUACCAGAAGUACAAGAAUGCCAUCACGUGGGGAGACCAGGACUUAUUAAAUAUUAUUUUUUAUUUCAACCCAGAGUGUCUCUACGUGUUCCCCUGCCAGUGGAACUACCGUCCUGAUCACUGCAUGUAUGGAAGCAAUUGCAGAGAGGCAGAGCGGGAAGGUGUGUCUGUCCUGCAUGGGAAUCGAGGUGUCUACCAUGACGAGAAGCAGCCAACUUUCAAAGCACUCUAUGAGGCGAUCCGAGACUUUCCCUUUCAAGACAAUCUCUUUCAAUCCAUGUAUUACCCUCUUCAGCUGAAGUUUUUGGAGACUGUGCACACUUUAUGUGGACGAAUUCCACAAGUUUUUCUGAAGCAAAUUGAGAAAACAAUGAAAAGGGCCUAUGAGAAACACGUCAUCAUCCAUGUUGGCCCCAACCAGAUGCACUGAGUCACAAGUCAAUUAGGCAUCUCAUGAACGAGGAAAUAUUCAUCUUCAAGCUGCCUGGAUCUCUUUUAUGUGAAUAUUUCAUGGUGCUCUAUGACAAUUGAGUUUUAAAAGCCUUGUUAAAUAUUGCUAAAUUAGUUGCCCCAAAAGGAAAUAUGCUUUAGGUUUUUCCUAAUAUGCUAUUUAUCUCUCUGUUGUUUUUUUUUAAUGGUAUUAUUGCUCACUUAACAUUGUUGAAGCAGGUUGAGCUAGCUGUGAAAAGGAACUCUCGUGAGCCCUCCAGUUUCCAAGUGUCAAGAGACAAUGGCAGUGACAUCUGUUGUGGUGUAUUUUAUCCAAUUUUCUUGAGACUCUUUCUAUGCAAUUGGUUCCCCCACUCCUUGUUAUAAAAGUAAUACAUGCUUAUUAUAAAGCAAACAAACUUUAAAAAAUUUUAGAGGGUCUAUAGGUCAGUGGACCAAAAUCAAGAUGAGAUUAGCCAUAAUCCUAUCAACUAGGGAAAAGAUUUUUUAGUGUAGUCUCAUGUAGCCUUUUUCCCCCUACUUCUGUAUUUAUUUGCUGCUUGUCUUUUCCAUCAUAUAACGUAUCUAAAACAGGUAGUCUAAGUAAAACUUGAACCCUAUGCUGAGAUUUAUUAUGUAGGAGACUAAAAAUUUAGACAAAAUGAUUAUGUUUACAGUGCUUUAUUUAAAAUGUGUCUGGGACAGAGAAGCUCAUCAAGAUUAGGAGACCGCUUGAGAUGAGAUUAAGGGAGUGCAAACUGUGCACACACCCUAGUCUUGUCAGAGAUCCCACCAUUGAACCAUUGUUAUAAAGAAAGUGAAAGUGAAGUUGCUCAGUCCACUCUUUGCGACCCCGUGGACUAUAGCCCACCAUGCUUCUCUGUCCAUGGGAUUUUCCAGGCAAGAGUAUUGGAGUGGGUUGCCAUUUCCUUCUCCAGAGGAUCUUCCCGACCCAGGGAUCGAAUCCAGGUCAACCCCUCAUCAAUUCUUUAAGGUUGAGGCACUUAGGUUUUCAGGCAGGAGCCAGCUAUGUCCCCCUUUGCCUGGCAAAGUAAUAAAGCUAUCCUUUUCUACUUAAAAAAUAAUAUGGGAGGAGCAUUCAAAUUUUAGCUAAUUGGGCAGUGAUAAAGGGUGAAGCCUAUCUGGGUUUUUUUUUUUGGUUUGUUUUUUUAAUAAAAAUUGUUGUUGUUUAGUCGCCAAGUUGUGUCCAACUCUGUGAGACCCCAAGGACUGCAGCAUGCCAGGCUUCCCUGCCCUUCACUAUCUCCCGGAGUUUGCUCAAACUCCUGUCCAUUGAGUCAGUGAUCUUAUCCAAGCAUCUUUUCCCCAGUCAUAAGACAUGUCUAUUCAGCUUCUGAAAGGAGAAAUUCAGUAGUGAUGUUAAACCUAAGCAGUCUGUUUAGUAGAGAUGUGAUUUUGUGUUUUAAAGUGAAAGUGAACAUGAAGUCGCUCAGUUGUGUCUGACUCUUUGCGACCCCAGGGACUGUAGCCUACCAGGCUCCACUGUCCAUGGGAUUUCCCAAGCAAUAGGACUGGAGUGGAUUGCCAUUUCCUUCUCCAGGGGAUCUUCCCGACCCAGGGAUCAAACCUGGGUCUCCUGCAUUGUAGACAGACGCUUUACCGUCUGAGCCAAACAAAAGCAUUUUAUCUCUACUUUGGUAGGUGUGGCUGUGUCUCUUUAAACUCUUGGGCAAAGGUGGAAAUUAAAGGCCAAGUUGGAAUAUAAUAUGUACAAAUAAACAGUUCAAUGGAUUCCAUUGGCAAGAAAAUUCAUCUUCCUGCCAGCCUUAGAAAGAUCUCAGUUGUUUUUUUUUUUUUUCCCUUCUCUAGGGUUAUCUAGCUGUGAGCCAAGGGACCAGGCAGGUCUUAUCACCUAGCUACAGUACAGGAAGUUCUAUAUUCUUUACCCAAAGGGAUCUAACUUAAUCCCUAGUGGCUGCUAUUAGCAUAAGGGCAUUUUGCAUAAUGCUUUAUUUAUCUCUCCAAACAUGUGCAUAAUUGAUCUCCUUGAUGUUUGCAACAGCCUAAUGAACUUGGUAGGGACCUGCAUCAUCUCCACUGGGCAAAUAAGGAAAUUGUAAUACAAGGAAACAUAUCCAAUAUCAUUACUGUUCUAUAAGAUGCAUAGAUAUGUAUAAGAUACAUCCUGUUUUACAGAGAAAUUUUGAGGAACAAAAAUUUUUAUUUUUCAUCACAGACAGCUAUCUGAAGGUUUAAAAGGAAAAUGUUUUGUUUUGGUAAUGCAAAUAUGAUAGAUAUCCUAUAUACUGGAAGGCAGUAGGAUAUCAUAGGGCUUCCUUGGUGGCUCAGAUGGUAAAGCGUCUGCCUGCAAUGCAGGAGACCCGGGUUUGAUCCCUAGGUUGGGAAGAUCCCCUGGAGAAGGAAAUGGCAACCCACUCCAGUGCACUUGCCUGGAAAAUCCCAUGGAUGGAGAAGCCUGGUAGGCUACAGUCCAUGGGGUCACAAAGAGUUGGACACAACUGAGUGAUGGCUUCUAUAACAGCAGAAAAAGUCUUACCAUGAAAAAAAAAAAAAAACUACAAAAACAUCAGCACUACCAAAGAAUGUAUCAGGAUCAAUCAACAUUAGUAUGCAGCAGUGUACAGUAGUAACAAAUUUAAAUCUAAAAUGGUUGAGUAAUAACCCAUACUUUCCUUUUGACAAGUUGGAUGGCCUGUGGUUUGUUAUUUAUGUUAAGGGAAAUUACCAUUAUGAUGUGAAACUCUAUCUUUGCUGUUGUAUUUUAUGUUUCCUCAUUUUACCACUAAAGGGGACAUCAUUCAUUAUUUGAUUUCUAAAGCCUGUGGGAGAAUUUCUGGAUUGUUUUUGGAUGGGGAAAAUGUAUCCUGUGUACCCACAAAUGGAGUUUUGGUGAAAGAGCCAGGAUGUGAGAUGAUUCCCUGACUUCCAUUCAGGUUUUCUUCCUGCUUGUUCAAUAUGGCCUCUAACCCCCACCGAUGCCAUUCAGAUUUGUUGGUGGCUUAUAGUCCAGUGUUCUUGCCUGGAGAAUCCCAGGGACGGUGGAGCCUGGUGGGCUGCUGUCUCUGGGGUCGCACAGAGUCGGACACGACUGAAGCAACUUAGCAGCAGCAGCAGCAGCAUAGACCUGAAGUAGUUUCUUUCCUCUCUUGGCAAGCCCCACAAAAACAUCUGCUUGUAAAGACCUGAAAUACAGCGAUGCAUUUUCCUGCAUAAGCCAGGUUUACCCACAACUUUCAAUUAUUGGUUCUAGUCUGAAGAUACACAAUAGGGUUUCCAGCAAAGAUCAGUGAUAAGACUCUAGAACAUUCUAGAAUGAUGCAUUAUGAGACCAUGAAUCCUUAGAAUUUGGUGUGGUUUUCUGCUUUGAAAUUCCUUUGCUGUAUUCUGAAAGAUGUUAGAUGAGUUUGGUGGAGAAUUUAGAAAAACUGAUCUUCCAAUCCCCACUGCCUAAAAGUGCUAAUUAUUUUCUAUAGUUAGCAUGUUACCCAUGUGGCAGUAUUUUCUCUACUUCUGAUAAUUUCCAUAAAACUACUACAUUAACGCCUUUGAAAUAUGAUAACCACAGAUUUUAAUACAGCGAACUCCUGAAACUUGUGGUCUGAAGUCUGCCAAAAAGUGACACUGUCCCAUCUGGCACAUUGCUCAUCUGUGGGAUGAGCUUGAGACUGGGUUUUUUCUACCCUCCUAUCUUGACCUGUCCUUUCCUGGUUUCCUUUAAAAUUCUGCUUAAUGCAUGACUGCAGAGUAUCAUUGGAGAAUGCAAGAACACUUUUUAAUAGCAAAAUGUAGUAUUUUUGUGUGCAUGGAUAUUGAGACUUUCAAUAGCAAAUCACUAGAAAUUCUGACCAUAUUUUUCUUGCUGAGUUUUUCUUUUCCCAAUAUAAAUCUCUGGAAUUGUGACUUACAUUAGAAAUUCCAAUAUUUGAAAAAUUGGCUAGAAAAUCUAAGUUUUCUUUCAACUUCCAAAACAACAAUUUAGUAUUUAGGAUAUAUUGCUCCAAGCUUAACUAUUUAUUUGAAAUGUCUAUUCCAUAUUCAGUGCUUCCACUCCAAAUGGUUGUGACUUUUCCUGAAUUUGUUGUCGACAUGGAUGUUUAUAUGGACUUGUAGAGGUUUGUAUUUAUUUCAUUGCAGUUAUGGUGUUUAUAAAACAAGCAAGCCAUACAAAACCUUAUUCACAGUCACAGAAUAGUGAUCUAAUAAUGGAGUAAUCAUUCCAGCUCACCCUGAAGGUGACACAACAUACAUACAAACUUAGGAUUAGAUAUAAUACUGCUUAAUACUUAUACAAAAAAGAUGAAUCGCAUGUGUUGGAUAAACCAACAUGAACAUGAUUUCAUGAUUGAAUUCAGAAUUAUGUUUAAUGUCAUAAGAGUAUAAAUCGUGAUAUCUUCGUUUAUUAGUAUGGGAAGCAAUCGCUUUUAUGUCUUUCCAUUUCUCUCCUGCUUUUUCAUCUUCCUCUUUUUCAUUUUUGCCUUUCCCUUCCUGUCUUCGAUGUUAGCUUCUCAGUGGGACCAAGGUGCUUGGCAUCAGUGGCAGAGCCACAGCACUUGGGGAAUCCCUGUACGGACAGAACUAAGUUCUGAUCCUAAAAUCAAAUCUUUACCGUGACAAUUUUCCAAAAACUUUAAAAAAAUUGCACAAUAUGUACACACACACAUGCACCUCACAUGUUUUUUAAAGAAAGACCCAGCAUUUGUUGCACUCUGCAAAUUGGAGAUCAUUGAUAGUGACACCUGAGCUGAAAUCAUUUCACAGUUGCUGCGCUGGCAUUUAUUGGGUUAACCGCCCCUCCCCCCCCCCCCC